UAUAUAGAUGUACAUCUAUAUAUGUAAAUUUAGAAGACACUUGUGUCAGGUGCUGUACAGUACAGUAUAGGUGUAUAGAUAUACAGAGAGAGCAGGUGAAAAAAAACAAAGACUGUGAAAAAAAAGGCUUUGAACGCUUUUAAUUGAUUGUAGGAUUUCUUUUGCUAGAUUCACACGGCAACUCAAAGAAGCAUCCUUCUGAGCAAAUUCAACAACAAAAGGAAAAACAGACUGAAGCCAACCCAGCCGACAGAGCUCCUUGUAACACAGAAGAACCUUCUUCUACACCUCAAGAAAAGAUCAAACCGCCUAUGAUAAGGCAGAUGUCUGGAGCCGAGAUUGCUUUCAACUUAAAAGAUGAGAAAGGGGAUGUCGUCCCUGUAGAAAUAGAUGGCAUAGAAGAGGAAGUUUGCGAAAGGACGCCAACACCAGAGAAGAAAGUCUCCAUACAGCAAAGGGUAUUAAAAGCCAGAAAUUCCGAACAGCAAAUGUCAAUUAUUGCGGUAAGGCUCGUUGCUGUAGCAACGAAUUAUAAGCAUAAAAAUCUAAAUGAGAUAAUUCAUAAAUGAAUGGCGAGAGACUAUAAAGUAAGAAACGCUUAUAUAGGAGAGUGAAUGAUGCAGAUGGUCCAGGCACACAGAAGCUAGAGUAGGGAGCUAGGAAAAGAGGUUGAGGGAAGAAGGGGUAGAGUGAUUUUCGGCUAUAUAGGCCAAACACUUCUAGUAUUACAUUGAUCAAAAGAUCAUGUAGAAAUAAGCUAAAUUCGUCAAAUAACGUGAGCAAUUUCUUUGUGAAGAGGAAGAAAAAAGGAAAAAUUCUUCUCUAUUAUUAAGUUUGAAAAAAACGAUUGAAAAGAAGAAAGAACUACGAAAGUCAAAAGUAUAUGAUCUCGAAAGACAAGCUCAAUAUACAGGGAUAGAAAAGAGAUAGUCUAGUCCAAAUGGACAGUUAAGUUUGAGAAGUGAAAAUGGGGCAAAGAGCUAGAUAGAUAGAUAGAUAGAUAGAUGGAUCGUUGGAUAUAGAAACACCGCGAGAGAGAGAGAGAGAGAGAGAGAGAGAGAGAGAGAGAGAAAGAAAGAGUGAAAGAGACAGAUAUAUAUACAGGCAGACAGAAAACAACGAAUGUGCUUUAUGAAGCUCUAGUAAAUCAGUCCAAUAUCAGAGGGAGAAAAUGUUAAAUAAAAAAAUUUCUGUUCGAUUGGCAUAGAAUAAAUUCGAAUGACUCAGAAUGUUAUAGCCGAACCGGAAAGACUUUGUAAAAUAACUUAGAAAGAGAUAAAAUUGAAGGCAUUUGUUAAUUCAAUCUUAAUUAUAUCUCAUUGAGUAUAAACGAAUACGAUUAAGUCCAAAAGGCGACAAAGACUGCUUCCUAACUCAAUGAAUCAAUGUAGAAAUAAAGGUAUAUAUUAUAUUAAUAUAUAUAAUAGUUCAAGGGACAUAGUACGCUUGGAGAGAGAGAAUUAUUAAGAGACAGACAGGCAGAGGGAUAACAAAUGUGCAAGUAUGCAGAUGCUGUAUAUAUGAGUGCGUGUGGGAGAGAUAGAAGAAGAAAGACAGAUACGAGAGGCUAUGAGACAAAGACAGCAGAAAGAAAAGUUGAUAUGAUCAUUGAUCUGCAGGAAUACUUUACAGAGCAACGCCUAAUUAAGCUUACGAAUAUUAAGAGUUUAAUGAAACAUUACUCUUCUAAUUAACUUGAUAUGCUUCUUACAUUUAUUUUUUACUAGGCAUCGAGAGAAAAUAGAAAACAGGAGUGGGUCGAGUUGCUAGACGAGCAUGCGCAGAUUGUUAAUGAAGUUAAUUGCCUAGAGGGCGUUGGCGAUAAAGAAAAUAUAAAUGGGCCGUCAGAUGGUGCUGCGCAGAUAUCUUGAAACUCCCAACGACUCUAGACCUCUGUACUUUUAGUGCCUUGUCUAGCAAGGUUCUGGAGUUGCUAAAAGCACUUGUCUUAAUUUGUGACAUUCCAGAUAUCGUUCUCGUGUUUUUU